AACGGGUGACGUAUGGUAAUGACUAGAUGUGGGAGGCUUUAGUCCUCUUUCUGUCGACAGUCUUCUUCCUGAAAAUCAUAGUUCAGCUCAGACGAGUUGGUCAGAUGACUUUGCGUUUUCCUGUUUCUGCCUCAAAUUAGCUAUGUACAAAAUGUCCUCAAACGCUUAAUCUAUAAUGACAUCUGGAUUCUCCAACAUAGGCGACAGAUGUACUUCUGCAACAGAGCAGCGACUCGGCGCCGACGAGGAGGACCAUUGCAUAAUAUGCAUGGAUAGUUUUCAGGAAAAGAUAACUUUAAAAUGUUCUCACUCAUUCUGUUCAAGUUGUAUUGACUCGUUUUUAAAAAUUAAACCCGCAUGUCCGGUAUGUAAUAGUUUUUACGGGACCUACGAAGGAACGCAGCCCCGGAACGGGACCAUGACAGUGAGACGCAACUGGCAGUGUUUACCUGGUUAUGAGGAGGGGAAUGGACAUAUCACGAUUGAUUAUCACUUUCCAGCCGGAGUACAAGGGCCUGAGCAUCCGAACCCGGGUGGGAAGUACUGCAGCACAUCCAGGACGGCCUUUCUGCCAGCCUGUGAGGAAGGAGAGAAGGUACUGAGGCUGCUCCAGACAGCCUUUCACAGGAGGCUCAUCUUCACGAUCGGGACAUCAGCCACUACCGGCCUCAACAACUCCAUCACAUGGAACGACAUACACCACAAGACCAACAUUAGUGGAGGACCACAGUUUUUUGGGUAUCCAGACCCGGGCUACCUCUCUCGGGUCCAGGAGGAGCUUCGUCUGAAGGGAGUGACAGAGGAGAGCUGACUUCAAUGGAGCUUCAUGAAACCAGAACUACUCUUAGUUCAAAUUCUAUACAUAUUGUCACGCUCAGGAAUCAAACACAAGUCGAGAAGAGCAGUAACGGUGUUGGGGAAGCGACACUGAAAAUAUAGCUUACUGAGCUACCAAUUCACACUAGAAGCUUAGCUGCCCUUAAGGAAAAAUAUAGUUUCCUUAAAGUUACUUUGAAAAAGUAGUACACUACAUCAAAACUACUUUGUGAAAAAUUAUCAAAUUUAAAUCUGAAAUGUCAUAGACUACAAGUUGCAAGAACAGAUCACUUUACUGGUCAAAUGUUAACAGAAUGUGUAAUUUGGCCUAUUAAACACAACAACUUCAAAUU